UACCGCAGAGAGGGCGGCGGGUGGGCUUUGCCUCGUGCAAAUCCUCGUUCCCAAACUGCAGCCAGAAACACUUCAGAGCAGAGAGGGGGUCAGAGGAAGGAGCCCCCAGCACUGCCCCUGCAGCUCCUGGACACUCAGGACUGCUCCCAGCCCAUGCCAUGGAGGGAAGGGCAGAUACUCAGCAGAGUGUGGUGAAGCUGGUGGCUGCAUUUGAAGAGCACUGCAGGGACAGCACAUCUGCCCGGAGGGAUAAGCAGGCAGGCAGGCAGCCCCAGCUUCCAACAUUCCCUGCCAGCCAGAGCCACUCCCUGGCCAGAGAAGAGAACAAGGAGGAGAGGAAUCAGCAAGGUCAGCGUGGGCUCAGCUUCAAAUGCCUCCGCUCACUGCGAUCCAAAAUCCGUGAGGACGACUGGAGGAGGCCACAGGGCCCAGGCCUGGAGCCUGGCAGCCAGGAACCAGAGGAAAAGAAAAUUGCACUUGAGCUGCUGGAGACAGAGCAGGCGUAUGUCAACCGCCUCCACCUCCUUGAUCAGGUAUUCUAUACAGAGCUGAUGAAAGAAGCCAAAACUGGGAAGACAGUCCCAGAGGAAGUGGUAAAGAUGAUCUUUUCCAACAUCUCCUCCAUCUACCAGUUCCACGCUGAGUUCUUCCUGCCAGAGCUGCAGAAGCGCAUGGAGGAUUGGAACCGCAACCCCCGCAUUGGGGAUGUGAUCCAGAAGCUUGCACCCUUCCUCAAGAUGUAUGGGGAAUAUGUGAAGAACUUCGACAAGGCUGUGGAGCUCAUCACUGCCUGGUCAGAGAAAUCACCCCCCUUCCAGGAGCUCAUUGCUGACAUCCAGAAGAGGAAGGUCUGUGCUAACCUGACGCUGCAGCACCACAUGCUGGAACCCGUGCAGAGGAUCCCGCGCUACGAGCUCCUCCUGAAGGAUUAUGUGCGGAAACUGCCACCCCAGUCCCCCGACAGGGGUGAUGCUGAGAAGGCCCUGGAGAUGAUUUUUAUGGUGGCCAAGCACUCAAAUGCAGCUAUUGCAGAGAUGGAACGGCUGCAGAACCUCUGGGUGGUCUAUCAGAGACUGGGCCUCGAGGAUGACAUCGUGGAUCCCUCCAAUGAGCUGAUCAAGGAGGGACCAAUCCAAAAAAUCUCCACCCGCAACAACAGCACAUCGGAGAAGUACCUGUUCCUGUUCAACAACAUGCUGCUGUACUGCGUGCCCAAGGUCAUCCAGGUGGGCGCCGAGUUCCAGGUCCACCUGCGCAUGGAUGUGGAGGGCAUGAAGGUGCGGGAGCUGAAGGACACUGAGUUCCCUCACACCUUCCUGGUUUCAGGAAAGCAGCGGACGCUGGAGCUCCAAGCCAGGUCUGCAGAGGAGAUGAAUAACUGGAUCAAGGCCUUCCAGGAUGCCAUUGACAGGAAGGAGAAGAGGAGUGAGACCUUUAAGGCAGCAGUGCAUGGACUGGAGACUGACACCCCUGCACUGAAGACAGAGGAGCUGGGCCGCCGGGCCCCGCAGUGGGUGCGGGACAAUCUGGUGACCAUGUGCAUGCGCUGCAAGGAGCCCUUCAACGCCAUCACCCGCCGCAGGCACCACUGCCGGGCCUGUGGAUACGUGGUGUGUGCUCGCUGCUCCGACUACAGGGCCGAGCUGCAGUACGAUGGGAACCGCCCCAACCGCGUCUGCCAGGAGUGUUUCAUCUUCCUGACCGGCCACACUGUGCUGGAGGACCGCGAGGGGAAGAACAAAGGCAUCCUGGAGAAAGGAGCUGCAGAGGUAUCGAGCAGGAGUUUGCUCUGCAGUUCCCUGCAGCUGCUGGACAAGAACGGCAAGUGGGGCACACGGGGCUGGUUCGUGAUCCCAGAGGAUGAUCCCCUUGUGCUCUACAUCUAUGCAGCCCCCCAGGAUGUCCGAGCCCACACCUCCAUCCCCCUGCUGGGCUACCAGGUGCGGGACGUGCCGCAGAGCGAGUCCCGGCACCUCUUCCAGCUGGCGCAGUCCCGGCAGGUGUUCACCUUCAUGGCCGACACGGAGGAGCUGAAGCGGCGCUGGAUGAAGGCCAUGGCUCGCUCUGCCGCGGGGAUCACUCACCCAGAGGAGGAGGAUGCAGACCCCUGUGAUGAAGCAGAAUGAGGCCAUUCCCACCCCUGCGCUGCCCGGGUGGGUCACACCUCCCCUGCCUGCUCUCACUGCUGGCUUUGGGCAGACCCCCGACAUCUCGGCAGUCUGGUUUAACACCGCGAUAGGGGCAAGAUGGGGACACGUUUGCCACCACACGGACAAGCUGGAUGCCUUUUCCCUCCCUCCUGGCUCUCCGCGCUGGACAGAGGCGCUGGGAGUGGAGGAGGGGGUGGAUUUUGGGGGAUUUGGGGGUUUUGGGGAGCCCGGCCCCGGUGUGUGCGGUGCCGCCGGCGGCCACGCGAGGGCAGCACGGGCCCGUCCUUCCUUAGGGCGCCCCGAGCCCGCAGCGUCUGUGGGACGGGAUGCUGAGAUAAACCCCACCCGCGACCCCUCUCUGCGCUCCCUGCAGCCUUUCUUGGGCCUGUGUUUUCAAGAGAGCCCCCUGGGAUUGUCCCCGUGGCUCCACAUUGCCGGAUAUGUCACAAAUAUGUCAGGCACCCAGCCUCGCAGCCCAGGGAGCCCAGUGCUGGAUUCAGGGUGUCCCUUGUCCAGCUUGUCACCACUCGUGGCCUCACACUGCAGUCCAUGGUGUGGGGGUGCCCCUUAACCACAGACACUCCUCACCUGCCUCACUGAGCCAGCCCACACCUGCCUAUCCCAGGCUUUCCCUGCACUCUCCUGCCCACAAGCACCUUCCACCCUCUGUUUCAUGUUUCCUGGAGGAAAACACUCUGGGACAAGGUCGUGUCCACACAGGUGCAGCUGUGAUGCUGGGGAGACACAGGGAAUCUCCCUCUCCAUCAUCAGCAUAAGGAGCACCCCUGUUCAUUUCAGUCAGUGCUUUAGGCUGCAGCCCCACAUUUUUCUCUCUGCAUUUUCUUUAGCUCCCCAAAAAUGUUGCCCAGGCUGAAGCUGCCAUUUCUGAGCCUGCCAGGGGCCUCAUGCACAGAACUGGAGGAGCCCAUGAUCCCUGGCAGCUCCAGCACAGCUCCAGCCUUGGGCAGGGCCCAGGGGUGUCACAGGCUGAACAGAUCCCUGCAGACUGGGAAGGGAGGUGGAGCAGGAUACUGCAAAUGGGGAAAGGACGGGGGGUAAAGAAGAACCAGAGCUGUCACCACUCUGGGGGACUUUGGGGACACAUGAAAAAGCUGUGAGCAAUGUCCUUCCUCAGUCUGCUUUACUCAGCUCUUGCUGGGAAAGGGCAAACUGUGGUGGCUUUAUCUCCAACUUAGGAGAUCCCAUCAAGGAAGGGGGAGAGGAGCUGGAUGCCAAAGCAGCUGCCCCUCAGAGUGCCACUGAGUCCAGAUACAAACAGCACAAACAGGGCUUUCCAGAGACACCCCAAAACAGGCAUCACCCCGUGGGAAGGGGAAACCCCAGCAGCCCUGGAAAAGCUGGGGAGCUCAGGGUGCUGCUGGGAGGAAAGAGUGAGCAAGGGGAAGCCCGGGGGCUGGAAGGCUCUGCGUGGUGGCCCUUCCACCUCGGCGUCACCUCUGUG